AUGGAGAAACUGGAGUUGAUAUUUAUACCAUCUCCUCUGAUGGGACAUGCUGGCCAGCUGGUGGAGCUGGCUAGACUAAUGGUGAACCAGUUUCACCAUCUCACCAUUACUCUACUCAUCAUGAAGCUUCCCGGAGACCUAAUUGGCACCGAUUACACCGACUCCCUCGAUUCUAAAGACCACGAUCGAAUCAAAUUCAUCCAUUUCCCUCCUAUGGAUCUCGAUUCAUUCACAGACUGCCCAACCAUCGGCUUCAUGGCGGAUGCAGUCAUUGAACGCCAUAAGCCUAUCAUAACAGAAGUCAUCGGUAACCGGUUCAAUGGGUCCCACCGAACAUCUCGGCUCUGUGCAUUGGUUGUUGACAUGUUUUGCACACCAAUGAUCGAUGUUGGAAAGGAAUUUGGCGUACCCACCUACAUCUUCUUCACCUCAAACGCGGCUUUUCUUGGGAUUAUGUUGUAUUUUCAGAUUCUUGAUGAUGAACAUGGUCAGGAUGUAUCCGAGUUGGCAAACUCGGGAACCGAGUUAACAAUCCCGAGUUACGCCAACCCAGUUCCUCCAAGCGUGUUGCCUUUUGUACUUGUAAACAAGGACUUCUGGUCCAAGAGGUUUAUUCGUUACACCCGAAAGUAUAAGGAAGCCAAGGGUAUUAUCGUAAAUACGUUUCAAGAGUUGGAACCUCACGCUCUCCUUUCUUAUGAUGACAAAACACCUCGUGUUUACACCGUGGGCCCAAUGAUAAAGCCCGAAAAACAUACUCCAAAUAACGAGGUGUUGAAGUGGUUGAAAAGUCAACCAAAGUCAACGGUUGUGCUACUAUGUUUCGGGUCCAGGGGAUGGUUCGAUGUGGACCAAGUGAGAGAAAUAGCAAUUGCAAUAGAGAGGAGUGGAUACCGGUUCAUAUGGUCCCUACGUCGACCUCCAUCUGAGGCCCAAAAAGGGUUUCCGGGGGAGUACACAGACUCAGACUAUAACGAGGUCCUACCAGAAGGGUUUCUAGAGCGUACAGCUGGCAGGGGUAGAGUUGUCGGGUGGGUCCCACAAACAGCGGUACUUGCUGACGUGGCGGUUGGUGGGUUUGUAUCCCACUGUGGGUGGAACUCUGUGUUGGAGAGUCUGUGGUAUGGAGUUCCAAUUGCCACGUGGCCGAUAUACGCUGAACAGCAGUUGGAUGCGUAUCAGUUGGUUAAAGAAUUGGGAUUGGGGGUUGAUAUUUCAUUGGAUUAUAACCAACUGAAUAAGAAUCAGAGAUUGAUUUUGGCUGAAGAGAUUGAGAAGGGAAUAAGAGAAGUGAUGGAUGGAGAUAGUGAGGUUCGAGCAAAGGUGAUGGAGAUGAAAGGUAGGAGCCGAAUGGCAUUGGAAGAAGGUGGUUCAUCAUUGGCAAGUUUGAGACAACUGGUUGAGGAUUUCAUCUCAUGUAACUAG